UCCCCUCUGCUCCAUUCACUAGCAGUUCUUGGCCUCCUCCCCCAACCCCCUCCGCAGAGUCCCGCUGGAGCCCCCCUCCCCCCUCCGCAGUCCGCCCUCCCCCAUUCUUCUUUCUCCGGGUCUCCUCCCUCCUCCCGCCCUCACUCGCCGGCCAGCAGGGGGCGCUGGGCAGAGGCGGGGCGGCGCGGGGACUGGCCGCGAUGGGACCGGAGGCGGCGCAGACAAAGGCGCGGUGCGGGGUUCGCGGAGCGCGCGGGCCGAAGGCAGCGGCGGCGGCGACGCGGGGAGCCCUGCCGCGAGCGAUCGGAAUCUCCUACCCUGCGCAGCCGCUCCGAGGCGCGUGACUACUUGGAGUCAUCUGGAGGGCCUGCUUGGCCUGAGCACCCCUGGAUCGCUGCUCCCCAGAGACCAAACAAGUGGUUCCUGUCACCUCCCUGGGUGCCCCUUAGAUGCUAUCCAGCUCAGCCUGACCAAUGUCCACAGCCAGGGAACAGCCAAUCUUCAGCACCCGGGCUCACGUCUUCCAGAUCGACCCUACUACCAAGCGGAAUUGGAUCCCAGCGGGCAAGCACGCACUCACUGUGUCCUAUUUCUACGAUGCCACCCGAAACGUGUACCGCAUCAUCAGCAUCGGGGGUGCCAAGGCCAUCAUCAACAGCACAGUCACCCCCAACAUGACCUUCACCAAAACCUCGCAGAAGUUUGGGCAGUGGGCAGACAGUCGAGCCAACACUGUCUAUGGCCUAGGCUUUGCCUCUGAACAGCAGCUGACCCAGUUUGCUGAGAAGUUUCAGGAGGUGAAGGAAGCUGCCAGACUGGCUCGGGAGAAAUCUCAAGAUGGCGAAUUCACUAGUUCUGCCCUGGCUCUUGCCUCUCACCAGGUUCCCCCAAGUCCCUUGGUCAGCACCAACGGUCCCGGAGAGGAGAAGUUGUUCCGCAGCCAGAGUGCAGACGCCCCUGGCCCCACCGAGCGAGAGCGCUUGAAGAAGAUGCUGUCGGAAGGCUCCGUGGGCGAGGUCCAGUGGGAGGCCGAAUUCUUCGCACUACAGGACAGCAACCAGAGGCUGGCAGGGGCCCUACGCGAGGCCAACGCAGCUGCUGCGCAAUGGAGGCAGCAGCUAGAGGCCCAGCAUGCAGAGGCCGAGCGCCUGCGGCAGCGGGUGGCGGAGCUGGAGGCCCAGGCGGCUGCAGAGCCGGUUCCGGUGGGCGAGAAGGAGGUAACCAGCCAAUCCGUGGAGCAACUGGAGGCUCAGGUGCAGACCAAGGACCAGGAGAUCCAGACUUUGAAGAAUCAAAGCUCAGGAACUCGAGAAGCUCCUGACACUACUGAGCGGGAGGAGACACAGCAGAAGGUUCAGGACCUGGAAACACGGAAUGCAGAGCUGGAGCAGCAGCUGCGGGCCAUGGAGUGCAGCCUGGAGGAGGCUCAGGCCGAGCGGGAGCGCGCGCGGGCAGAGGUGGGCCGGGCCGCGCAGCUCCUAGACGUGCGACUGUUCGAGCUGAGUGAGCUGCGUGAGGGCCUGGCACGCCUGGCAGAGGUGACACCCUAGUUGGC